GCUCUUUCGACAGGGUCAACAAGUUAAUCACAUUGUGUGGCAUGGGCAUAAUAGAAUUCUUAUUUAUUUUUUUUUUUCCGCCAGGCGGCUGCUGUUCGCUUUUGGCCUGGCUUGUUGCUUUUUGCUGGGCACCGCGCACGCGUUUGCUUUUGGGCCUUAAUAAGACAACGGAGUUCGACUGCUGCUGUUGCUGCUGCUGCCACUGGCACGGAAAUUGAAGCUUAGAACGAUCUGGGGACCAUGUUGGCCAGCUGCCUGGCCUUUUUCGGCCAAGAAGAAACACUUCCAUGUCCCCACAUCCAGUUACCCCAGAUACCCCGAACUGUCUGCCACAGGUGUCGAAAUUGACAGAUGAGGCAAAACGCAGGGCAGUAACCGGAACUGGCGGCGACCGGGACGAGAUUGCGAUGGGCGUGGCUGGUUCUAUAAAAGAAUCGCCAUCAUCCCAGCCGAUACAAUCCAAUGGUGAAACCCAAUCCCGCAGCGAUGUCUGCGCGACUUUAAUUUAAAUUUUAAUCGCAUGCCUAAUAGACAAACCUGGGGUAAAUGUCAGAAUAAAGAGACUAAGAGCCGACUUAAAUCAUGCCAACAUUUACAAAGUACUUUGCAGGAGCCCCUCCAUCCCCAUCCUCAUACCAGCCACGUAUGGAUGGAUGGAGAGGGUCUGCGAGUCACGGCCACGUCGUCAGCUAUAGUCGGGGUAUACUAUGGGUGUAUGGUAUGGUAUGGUGUGGUGUGGUACGGUAUGGUAUGGUAUGGUAUGGAAUGGUUUGUUGCAGAUGGGCUAAGACAAACUUCCGAUCACGUUGUAAGUCAGCAGCGAAAUUGGACACAGAGAGAAAAGGUAUGUUCCCCAGCGAUGAUCAAGUUUAAUCCUAAACCAUAUAAAGCAAUCAUAAUACGAGAAAUCUUACAUAUAAGUCAUACUCAUUAAUAUUUUGAUAUAUUGACAAUUCUUAUUCAUUUACUUAAAACCCAAAUAGCUCUGUGUUUUUCUCUGUGCAGCAGACUGGGCCUAUGCCCUUGCAAAAGGGCCCGAAUGAGCGAGAGAGAAAGAGUUAAUGGAGGCAAAUGCAUCAAAAUGGUUAAUUGGAUCUGGAACAGCAAAUGACGAACACUUUUAGUGUUUAUGGCAGUAGCCCAGGUCCAGGCAGAGGCCCAAGUGGAGAUCCAGAGCCAGGUCCAGGUCCAGGAACAUAAACAGGCCAGGAGAUGGCGGCAGAUAGGCAGCAAGUGUGUACGUGGAUUCGAUGAUGGCGAUGAUGGGAGCUGCGGGAAAUCUGCGCGAUUCUAGGAGAUGCGAUGCGGCAAACAGCUCGGCUCAAGUGGCAAGCGUGUUGUACACGACACGCAUUAGCGUGAAUGGAGCAGUUCUUGUACUUGCCUUUGCCAUUUUUUAAUCGAAUCGAAUGCGUUGAGAUGCAGUUGGGCCUCAAACUGGGCAGACAAAUGUGAGGGAAAAUUAAUGGCGAGCUCUGCAGUAAUUUCCAUUAAAGUGGGCACAGCUCCGAAAAUGCACUUGUUGCUGCCGGCCAGGGCGCCCAGUAAGGCCAAGGAAUACUUCCGUGUUCCUUACCAGACUCAGACAGCCGGUGGAUCGGCGAAAUGGUAAUGGGCCAAUAUGAUGGCCUCCAUGAGCUGCCUAAUGGGCCGCUCUAUGGAAGUUUUUACUGUAGCAUUAUGGUCCCGCCUCGGCUGCAGCCACAGCCACAGCCACAGCCUUUUGUGGAUUUGGAUCUGGUCGAUCCAAACGAAAACGACAGGUUGUUCGCCCUGUAAGAAAAGAAAGGAAAUAGCUACUUAGAAACGCAUGUACAAGAAAGUAGUAAUGAUUUUCUGCAUCUAUUCAAAUCACCCCUGGCAACAGUGUUUGCUUUAGUGGGAUAUUGAUUAAAUAAAAUACUUGCCACCCACUACGAGUCUCAGUUGGCAGGAAACCCUCAAGCCUUUAACAUGGAUAUGGAUUUGAACAACGACUUGGAGAAACGCAUUUCGGAUGCAUUUUGUGUGUUCGAUCAUCAUGGCGACAAGUUCAUCGAUGUCAGAGAAGUGGGCACUGUGCUCAGACUACUGGGCUGUGUUCCCACCGAGGAGGAGGUGAACGAAGUUAUUUCGGCCACAGAAUCGGAGGAGACCAGUGGCGAAGUGCAUUUGACCAAAUUCCUGCCACACGUCUCGCAACUUCUCAUGGAAAGAAAAAUGGAACCCGCUCCGCCAGAGAAAAUUCUGCAGGCCUUUAAGAUCUUGGAUCCGGAGAACAAGGGCUAUCUCACCAAGGAGAGCUUUGGCAAACUGAUGAUGGAGGAGGGCGAGCCCUUCACCCAGGAGGAAAUGGAUGAGAUGUGGCCGGUGGCCAUAGAUCCAAUUAGCGGACACAUACCCUAUGAGUUCUACCUGAACCAGCUUAUGGUCUAUCUGUAAGGGAAACAGAGUGGUUUAAUAAAGUCUCCAAGUCAAGGCUAGCUAUUCCAAAUCCAGUUCUUAUUUUAUUAACCUGAGGCAGCUCUAAAAGUGCACGUUGAGUUCAAUAAAGUCCAAAAAUUACACUAGUCA